AUGGCUCUGGUUUGGAAGCUAACCAACCCACUGCCACCAUAUGUCAGCCUUCUACUAUUAUUUGGUUUCCUUGUCUGGGGGCUUUGGGUGAGGUUUUCUGGGAAGCAGAGUAGGGAGCAGGUGGCAGCCAAGACGCACUCAGAGACUUCAAAGCAGCAUAAACUGAAAAAGAUCCAGAAAUUCACAGGUCAGAAAGAUCUUAUUCUUCAGUUCAAGGCUAAAGAUCCACAGUGGGAAGACAAUCUCAGGAUGGGUUGCACUGAAGCUAACCUGACAUGCUUUUCAGGACUCCCUAUGGAGUGGUCCCAGGAAUAUGUAUGCUGGUCAAUGGACAGGAGUCUUCAACAGAUCGUCCAACACCUGGAAAGUGCAAGAUCAAGUCUUAUGGAAUUGGGUUUGCCUGAACCACAGGAUAUGAUUUCUUCUUCCACCUCCUCUGUCUUUGUGGCUCAGGAGCCUGUUCUACCCUGUUGUGACUGUAAGAAGGCAAAACAUUCUUCUGACAGUAGCAUCUCCUCUGGAUCAUCCUACGACUCCAGCCUGUCUCACCUUCCUGUCUUUUCUGAAGGAACAACUUGGCAACUCCGGAGCCACAGUUUACCUAUUUUACCUCAAAAUCAACCUCCUCCUGUGUUCAGGAACCAAAGCACAUCCCUGCCUUCUUUUAGGCUCUCAGAGCUUGGGAAAUCAAAACGUUUUCAGAAUUUGGCAGCUCUUUCAUCCUUAAGACCUCAAAGCACUUUUAUCAACUCUCUUUUUGAAUCCCCAAAUCUCCACAAACAAGAAGAGAAAACAAAGGAUGAGAGAAGGAGCAAGAGUCAUUUGACGUCAGAUCAUAGACCAAAUGCAAUUUUCAAAGAGAGACCACUACUGCCAGGGUCAGCUCCAUUCCAGCUCUCUCCUUUGGCUAGGCGGGAGUUAGAGGGACAUAUGGCUUGGAAGGUUUGUACUUUGCAGGAACAAACAGUGCCUCUGCCUGUGAGGGAAUCAUGGGCAAUGCUGAAUUAUUUAACUGAGGUACAAGGAGGAGUCCCUGAACCAGAGAAACCUCAAAUCCACUUAUCUAUGCCCAUUGAUCAAAGCACUGAGCAUAAUAUCAACAAUGAAUCCCCAGACCUUCCAUCAUUUCAGCUUCACAUGAACGUUGGAGUGGAAUCUGGAUUAAACAGAACAGAAACAAAAAUUUCACAGACUCUUAUCCCAGGUAAGCAGUCACAACCUGGGGAUGGCCCUCAAAUCCUUGGAUCCAGGCCCUUAAUGACAUCAAUGGGCACUCCACCUCCCAAAAGUUUAGGAGUUGACAUAGCUCAAGAGGAAACGACUUUACUGCCAAAGGACCCAAAACGUGUGCUAGAGCUUAGUGUAGAGCAGAGGGUCAUAGAUCUUCCAGAAAAAAGGAUACAGCAGCAUAAGACCCAAGUGACUAACGUGGAGCUGACCCCACAGCUACCAUAUCAAGUCAGAGAUAGCAUAAAGGUUACUCCACUGGCAUUACUUCAAGUCAUGGAUUCAAUGGGGAUGAUUCCAGAAUCACAGUCAGAAGUGAUAGAAACUGUGGGUUUGUUCCCACGGCCACCAAAUGAAGUCGUGAAACCAAUGGAAGCCACGGAAACAGUGAGUGUAAGCCAAAACCCAUCAUAUCAAGUCGUUAAAUCAGUGGAGGUAACCCCAGGAUCUCAGCAGCAAGUUAUGGAAUCCAGGAAGAUGACCUCAAGACAGCAGAAUCAAGUCACAGGCAAUGUGAAGGUAACUCCUAUAGCAUUGCUUCAAGUCAUGGAUUCUAUGGGGAUGAUUAAAAAAUCACAUCCACCUAUCAUACAGUCAAUGGGAAUGACCCCAAGGAUGCAAUAUCAAGUCAUGGAGUCAAUGAAAAGGACCACAUUGUUGGACCAGCAAGUCAUACAACCAGGAAAGAUGAGUCCAAGGCUACGACAUGCAGUCAUGGAAACUGUUGAAAUGACCCCAGGGCCACAGCAUAAAGUUAUGGAAUCAGUGGACGUAACAUCAAGGCCACAAAGUCAAGUCAUAGAACCAAUGAAGAUUACUCCAGGGCCAAUAUGUCAAAAUGUAAAAUCACCUGAAAUGAUCGCCAGGCCAUUGCAUCAAGUGAAGGAUUACCUGGAAGUAACUCCAGUGACACUAUUACAAGCUAUGGAUUUCAUGGGGAUAAUUCCACCAACACAGUCACAUGUUAUAGAAUCUGGGGAUUUGGCCCCCAGUUCACAGUUGCAAGGUAUGGAAUAUGUUCAUUUGGCCCUACCAUCAGAGUUUCCAGGUAUAAAAACCGUGGAGUUGACUCUAAGACCAGUACAAGAAGAUAUGAAAUCUGUGGAGUUUGCCCCAAAGCCAUGGUUACAAGAUGUAAGAUCUGAGGAGACAGCUCCAGUACCAUUGCUUGAAGAUGUGAAAACUCCUCAAAUGGUAGAAAGUAGGAGGUUGAUUCCUGAGACACAGGUAGAAGACAUGAAAUAUGAGGAACUGAUCCCAGGAGCACACAUUCAAGCAGUAAAAUCUGUAGAGUUGAACCUCAAACCGAACCAUCAAGUCACAGAACCUGAAGGAUUGACCCCAUGGCAUCAAGCUUCAGAAUCUUUAAGGAUGAUCUCAGAGCCAGGAUAUCCAGAAACAGAAGCAAAGUUUACCUCUGACACUUGUCACCAUGCAAAAGAAUCUAGGGGGUUGAUACAAUCAUCUUUAGGAAAUACCCCAGGGCCACUGAGCCAAGCUUCAGAAUUUAUGCAGAUGAACUCAAUGUCAUUCCAAGGUACUCUUGAGCCAAUGUUCCAAAGUGUAAAAGCCAUGGGGGAUACUCCAGUGUCACAGCACACAAUACAAGAAUCUUUAGAGUUGGUACCAGGAUCAGAGAUGCAAGGUAUGAAAUCAAAGAUGUUGACCCCAGAGUCCCAAGGUAUGAAGUUUGUUCAUCUGAAUCUAGGACCAUAUUCAGAACCACAUCUUCAAGUUACAGAGUCAUCAGAGAUACCCCUAAGGUCAGAAUAUGAAAACACAGAAACUGUGGGGUUGGCAACAUUUCCAGUUGAAAACAUCCAGGAGGUAAUACCAGUACCAACAUAUUCAGAAAAAGGAUCUCUGGAGUUGACUUUAGGACCAGGGAUGCAAUAUGAGAAAUCAGAGCCACUACUGCAAAAUUUGAAAUAUGUGAAGUUAACCUCUGAGUCAUCCCCAUUAGUGGUAGGAUCUAAACAGUUUAUUACAGGACGAAAACCACAUGUUAUGGAGUUGACCCCAGAGCCACAGCUCCAGGGAGUAAAGUCUAGGCAGUUGGAGCCACAGCCAAAAUUACAAGAUGUGAAAUAUGUUAAUUUAAUUCAACAGUCAACUACUACCAGAGUGGUAGAAUCAGAGAAGCCAAUACAAGAGCCAGUGCUACAAAGCAUGAUAUCAGAGGAAUUGAGUAAGGAGGCACAGCUCCAAGGGCCACAGCUGCAUAGUGCAAGAUUUUCAGAGUUAUCUCCAGAGCUGCCACUUCAAGGAGAAAGACCUAUAGAUUUAAUCUCAGGGUCUCCACAUCAUGGUGUGAAAUCUGAUGAAUUGACCCCAGCUUCCCCAGUGCAAGAAAUAAAAUUGUCAGAUUCUAUCCCAGGACCAAAACAUCAAAGUGCUGUAUCUGUACAGUUGACUGCAGAAUCACAACCUCAAAGUAUGAAAUUUAUGGAACUAAACUCAGGACCAUGCUUGCAAAAUAUCAGAUUUUCUGAUUUGACCCCAGAACCAAAGCAUCAAGGUUUCAAACAUGUGCAGUUUAUACCAGGAACACAGCUUCAAGACAUAAAGUCCGUAGGAUUUGUAACAGAGUCAUCUUUGCAGUUAAGUCAAGGGCUCCCAGUUGAAAAUAUGAAAUCUGUUCUGUCUGUUGAAGGAUCACAGUUUCACAGCUUGAAAUCUGUCAAACUGACCUCAAAACUACAAUUUCAAGAUGUGAAAUCUGAGGAACUGAACCUAGGGCCAGGGCAGCAAGAUGUAAAAUUUUCUGAAUUGACUUCAGGGCCAAAGCUUCAAGGUGUCAAAUCUGGGGAGCAAACCCCAGGACCACUGUUUCAUAGUGUGACUUCUGUGGACACAACUCUAGAGUUAGGGCUUCAAGAUUCUAAAUCAGCAAAGAUGUCUCCAGGGCUUCACGGUGUGAAACAGGUGGGGCCAUGGCUACAAGAUGUCAAAUUUUGUGAUCUGACAUCAGGAACUCAACCUCAAGGCGUGAAAUCUUCAGAGUUAAACUCAGCGCAACAACAACAAUAUGUGAAAUUUUUUGAGUUCACUCCAGAGCCAAAGAUGCAAGGAGUAAAAUCUAUGAAGUUGACCCCAGGACCUGAGCAGCAAGGGGUUAAGCCUGAGAUGUUAGUACCAGAGCCACUGUUUCAAGGUGUAAAAUGUGUGGCAGUAGACCACAUAUCAAGCUUUGAAGGUGACAUUUCAUAUAAAUUAGUCUCAGAGCCACAGAUACCAGAUGCAAAAUCUAUGGAGUUGACUCCUGGACCGCAGUUGCCAAGUGUAAACUACUCUGAGUUGACCAGAAGACCACGGUUACAAGUUGUGAAAUCUUCUGAAUUGAUCCAAGGAUCACAGUUGCAAGAUGUAAAACCUGUAGAGUGGAUCCCAAUCUCAAAGCUUCAAGGUUUACAAUCUGAGGCGCUAAUGCCAGAGCCACAGCUGGAAGAUACGAAAUCUGUGGAGUUAACACCAGGGCCACAUUUGGGAAGUAUGAAAUCUAUGCAGUUAACAUCAAAGCCACAACUGGGAAAUGUCAAAUCUACAGUGUUAACCCUUGGGCCACAGGUGGGAGAUGCGAAACCGGUAGAGGUGACCCCAGGCUCAAAACUUCAUGAUUUGAAAUCUGAGUUGUUGAUCUCAGAGUCAGAGUUGAAAGAUGUGAACUCUGUGGCCUUAACUCCAGGACAAUGUCCAAGAGGUAUGAAAUCUACGUUGCUAACCCCAAGUCCACAGCUGGAAGUUAAGAAGUCUGUGGAGACAACUUCAGGGCCACAGAUAGAAGAUGUCAAAUCUGUGAAACUCACCUCAGAUUCCAAGCUUCAAGGUGUGGAAUCUGAUGAGUUGGCUCUGGGUUCAAGAAAUCAAGGAUUAAAAACUGUGACGUUGGUCCCAAGGAUACAACUGCAAGAUGUGAAAGCUGUGGAAUUGAAACUUGGACAAAGGAUGCAAGAUGAGAAUUCUGUGUUUUUUGCACCAAGGUCAUUGCUCCAAGGGCCUCAACUACAAGGUAUGAAACCUCAGGAAUUGACUACCGAGCCACAAAUGCAAGAUGUGAAAAUUUUGGAGAUAACCCCACGUUCAAAUCUUCAAAGUUUAAAACCUGUAGAGAAGACUCCAGAUCCAGAGCUGCAAUUUGUAAAAUCUGUGAAGUUGACCCCAAGGCUAAAGAAGCAGGCAGUAAAAUCUGCGUUUGCAACCAGAAGACAAAAGUUUCAAGGAGUAAAAUCUGUGGAUUUAGCCCCGAGGCAACAGCUUCAAGAGAUGGAACUUGUGAAUUUAACUCCUGGGCCAAAACAGGUUGGUGAGAUAUCUGUAAUCUCACCAGAGCAGCAAUGUGUGAAUUCAGAGCCACUGAAGAGAGGGUCUAAGUCAGAAGAUGGGAUGUCUUGGGAGUUAACUCCAGAGCUAAAAUUUAAAGAGAGAAAAUUAGUAGAUCCCAACUUUGAGUUAGAGUUGAAAGGUAGGAAAUCAUUUGAAUUGACUCCAGAAUCAAAUAUUCAAGGUGUAAAAUCUAAAGAGUUCAAACUUGAACCACAGUUGCAAAGUAUAAAGUCUCCCAAGUUGACCCCAGGACCACAGCUGCAACAAGUGAAAUCCUCAAAGUCAACUUCAGAGCCACAACUUCAGGGUGUGAAAACUGUUGAGUUAAAACAGGAGCCAAGGCCUGAAAGUAUGAGAUGUAUUCAGUGGAUACCAGGACCUGAGUUCCAAGGUGUGAAAUCUGUAGGGUUAAAUCUUGAGUCACAAUCUCAAGGUGUCAAAUCUGUAGAGUUGAAAUCUUCAAUACAGUUAAGAGAUGUGAAGUCAUCUGAAUUGCCUCUGGGGCCAAAAAUUCAAGGUGCAACAUAUAUGAAGUUCAACCUUGGGCCACAGUCGCAGAGUGUGAAAGCUCCUGAGUUAUCCCCAGGACCACAGCGGCAAGAAGGAAAAUUUUUGGCAUCAACCUCAGAGCCACAGCUUCAAGGUAUGAAAACUGUGGAGUUAAACCAAAAGCCACAGCUUGAAAGUAUGAGAACUGUUCAGUGGAUGCCUGCACCAGUGUUUCAAGGUGUGAAAUCUCUGCUAAAUCUUGGGUUGCAAUCUCAAUGUGUCAAACCAGCAGAGUUGAAACCUUUGAUACAGUUAAGAGAUAUAAAGUCAUCUGUAUUGACUCCAAGGCCAAAGCUCCAAGGUAUACAAUCUUUGGCAUCACUCCAAGAACCUCAGCCUCAAGGUCUCAAUUUGAAACCUCGUCUACAGUUUAGAAGUAAGAAAUCAUGUGACCUGACUUCCAAGUCAAAGCUCUGUGAUAUAAAACCCAUGAUGUUCAAAUCUAGGCUUCACUUGCAUGAUGGAAAAUCUCCUAAGUUGAUCCCAGGACCAUGGUUUCAAGAAGUGAAACCAUUACCGUCAUCCCCAGGAACACAGCUUCAAGGUGUGAAGUCUGUAUUGCUUACAAAAGAGCCACAGUUUCCUGAGGUGAAAUCUGGGGUAUUAAGCCAAGAGUCACAAUUACAAAGUGAUAAAACUAUAGAGUUGAACUCCCCACUACACUUGAAAAGUAUGAAGUCAUCUGAGUUGACUCUUCAGACAGAGCUUCAAGCUGUGAAAUCUGAGGGUUUCAACAGUGGGCCACAGUGGCAAGGUCUAAAAUCUUCUAAGUCACCACUUGAGACAAAGUCCCAAGAUAAGAAAUUUACUGAGUUAAUCUCUGACUCACAGUUGCAAGGUACAACAUUUUCUAAAUUGACUGUGGGGACAAAGAUUCAAGGUGUCAAAUCUACAGAUUUCAACCCUGGGUCAUUGUUACAAGGUGUGAAAUCUUCUGAGUUGAUACUGGGGACAAAGCUUCAAAAAGUGAAAUCAGUGGAAUUCAAGUCGGGUCCACAGUUGGAAGAUACGAAAUCUUCCAAAUUAAUCACAGAUAUAAAGCUUCAAGAUGUAAAAUCUACGAAUUUCAGGUCUGGACCAAACUUGCAGGGUAUUAAAUCAUCUGAAGUUAUCCCAAGGGAAAAGCUUCAAGGUGUGAAGUCUGUAGAACUGAAACGUAGUCCAAAGUUACAAGGUGAGAAAUCUUCUGAUUUGACUCUGGGGAGGAAGUUUCCAGGUGUGAAAUCUGUAGAGUUGGACUCAGGCCCACACUUACAAGAUAUGAAGUGUUCUGAGCUGAUCAUGGGUAUAAAGCUUCCAGAUGUAAAAUCUAAGCGGUUAAGUUCUAGACCACACUUUCAAGUUAUGAAAUCUUCUGAAGUGAUCCCAGGGACAAAGCUUCAGAAAGCGAAAUCGGUGUUCAACUCUGGACCAGAGACACAAAGUAAAAAAUUUUCUGAGUUGAUUCAAGAGACAAAGCUUCAAGAUGUGAAAUCCUUAGAGUUUAACUGUGGACUGAAGUUACAAGGUGGGAAAUCUGAUUUAACCCAGAGGAGGAAGCUUCAAGGUGUGAAAUCAGUGGAGUUCAACCCUGGACCACAGAGACAGGGUGAGAAAUCUGAUUUGAUGCUAGAGUGGAGGCUUCAAGAUUUGAAAUCUGUUGUUCCAUGGUUGCAAGGUGUGACAUCUUCAGAGUUAACACCAGAGACAAAGCUUCAAAGUGGAGAAUCUGUGGAGUUCACCACCAGGCCAGUGUGGCAAGAUAUGAAACCUUUUGAAUUGACUCUUGGUACAAAGGUACAAGAUGUGAAAUCUUUGGGGUUUAAAUCAGCUCCACAGUUACAAGACAGGAAAUUGUCUAUGUUGACACCAGAGGCACACCUUCAAGGUGUGAAAUCUAUGGAAUUCAACCCUGAGGCAAAAUUGCAAGGUGCAAAAUCUUCUGAACAUAUAAAGCUUCAAUUAAUGAACUCUACAGAGGUCAACCCUGGUCUAGAAUUUCAGGUUGCAAAACCCUCUGAGUUGGCCUUGGAAUCAAAGAUUCAUAGUGGAAUAUUGUCUGAGAUCAGUGGUAGAAAGCAGUGGCAAGAUGAGAAAUCUUAUAAGUUGAAUCCAUGGCCAGAACUUCAAAGUGUAAAAGUCAUGGUGUUCAAUCCUGGGACACAUUCGCAACAUAUAAAAUCUUCAGAAUUAUGCAAAGGGACAAAGCUUCAAGAUGUGAAAUCUUUGGGAUUCAAUCCUGACCAACAGUUGCAAGAUGUGAAAUAUUCUGAUUUUUGUCUGGGAACAAGGCUUCAAGGUAUUCAAUAUUUUGAGUUCAAUCCUGGACCACAGUUGCAAGAGGUAAAAUCUGAGUUGAGCACAGAAAUGAAGCUUCCAGAUGAGCAAUUUCUGGAAUUCAAGCAUAAGCCUAAAUUACAAGGUGGGAAAUGCUCUGAACAGAAUCCAGGGCCACAGCGUCAGUGUAUAAAUUAUAUGCCAUUCAACACUGGGUCACAGGUGCAAGAUAUAAAGUCUUCUGGGUUGAAUCCUAGUCCAGAGCUUCAAGGUAGAAAAUCUAAAGUGCUCUGCAUUGGGCCUUAUUUGCAAGGUGUGAAUUCUUCUGCAUUCAUUUCAGAACCAAAACUUCAGUGUGUAAAUUCUACUGGAUGCAACCCUGGGCCACAUUUGCAAGGCACAAACUCUUCUGAAUUAAAUUCCGUUUCAAAACUUCAAGGUAUGAAUUCUUCUAAGUUAAAUUCAGGGGCAGAGAUUCAAAGUGAGACAUCUAUGGUGUUCAACCCUGGACCACACUGCCAAGGUCUGAAAUCUGAAUUGGGUCCAGGGUCAAAGUUUCUAAGUGUAGCACCCACAGAAUGCAAUCCUGGGCCACAGAUACAGUGUGCAAAGUCUUUUGAAUUGAAUCCAGAGCCAAAAUUACAAUGUUUAGAUUCUAUGGGGUGCCAACAUGGACCACCCUUGCAAGGAGCAAAAUCUUUUGAGUUGACUUCGGGGAAAACAUGUCAAGAUAUGGGAUCUGAGGCGAAUCCAGGCACAGAGAAUCAAUGUGAGACAUCUAUGGUGUUCAAUCCUGGACCACAUUGCCAAGAAUCACAGCAACAAGGUGUGAAAUAUUUGGCGUCUACUCCAGAACCAAAGUUGCAAAGCAUAAAACAUGUAAAAUCUAGGAUCUUCCAGGCAGGAUCAGGGGCUCGAAGAGGCCUUACCUGGCCUGUCCUGGGCAGGCGACGGAAUGUCUGGGAGAGUCGCUCCUGGAGGCAGCGACUACCUAGAAAAUACCUCUCCAGUAUGCUAACGCUGGGGAAUGUCUUGGGGACCAGCAUGGAAAGGAAGCUUUAUUCUCAAACAUCUUUAACAGAAAGAGCCACUGCAGAUACCUGUCAAUCUAUUCAGAAUUUAUUUGGGGUUCCAGUUGAAUUGAUGGAAUUUUCCCAGAGUCUGCUUGAGAAGGGUCAAGGUACUAUUUCUCAGCCUUCAGUGGUCAAAAACUACAUUCAGAGACAUACUUCAUGCCAUGGUCAUGAGAAAAGAAUGGCCUUAAGGGUGUGGACACGUGGCUCCAUGUCCUCCAUAAUACAGCACUACUCUGGCACUAGAGUGAGAAUAAAGAAAACAAACUCAAAGCCCUGUGAUAUAUCCCAGGAAGUCAUUCAGCACAUGCCUGUUUCAUGUACAGGGCGUCAGCUUCCUGCCCCAGCAAAGUCAGAGUCUUCCUUCAACGUAUUUUUUGCUAGGAGAGAUUCUGUUCCAGUGGAAGAGAGUGAGAACUCACGGAGUGAUUCACAGACAAGGAUUUUUGAGUCCCAACACUCCCUCAAGCCAAGUUAUCUUCCCCAGGCCAAGUCUGACUUCUCAGAACAGUUCCAGCUUCUACAAGAUCUGCAGCUAAAAAUAGCAGCAAAACUGUUAAGGAGUCAAAUACCUCCCAACGUACCUCCACCUUUAGCUUCAGGUCUGGUUCUAAAAUACCCUAUCUGCCUACAGUGUGGCCGAUGUUCAGGAUUUAAUUGCUGCCAUAAAUUACAGGGCACUUUUGGAACUUACCUUCUUAUCUAUCCACAGCUUCACCUUGUAAGAACUCCUGAAGGCCAUGGAGAGAUCAGGUUGCGUCUUGGCUUUAGGUUGCAAACUGGGAAAAGACCCCAAGUCCCAAAGUAUCAUAGACGAGAUAGACCCAUCACACCAAGGAGCCUUAGAUCAACAUCACUAAGGAAAGCUAAAGGCUAUACUCAAGCUUCCAAGAGUCCUACUUCUACAAUAGAUUUCCAGUCUGGGUCUUCCCAGUGUCCUGCUCCUAUACAAGUCCAUAUCAGGCGAAGGCAAGGUGGCAGCCCUGGCCUAGUAGAAAAGACAGAAAUUAGAGAGCCUGGACACUAUGAAUUCACUGAAGUUCACUCUCUAUCAGAGAGUGACUCUGAAAGCAAUCAGGAUGAAAAGUGGGCUCCUAAUUUCUCUAAGGAAUUACCAAGCCAGUUAAGAAGGAAGAUGAGUGGAGCGUCUCAGACAACUACCGCCUCUUUAAAAAGACAACCUAAGAAAUCCUCCCAACCAAAAUUCAUUCAACUCCUUUUUCAGGGCCUAAAGCAGGCAUUCCAAACAGCACACAGAAUUAUGGCUUUGGUUGGGCAGAAGCCUGAGGACAGGACAAGGCCAGACUAUUUCUGGUCAAGCAAAAACUACCUUCCAAAGCAAAGAGCCAGAGACUAUUGCUUAUCAAGAGAUAUCAAAAGACACAGGAUGCCAACUCUCAAGCUAAGGUCAACAGACCCAACCAUUAAGGAGGAGAGCACACUGUGGGGAGAAACAGACCAAUUCAGAUCAGCUCAACAACCAACAGGAAAUAGCUCUUUCCAACCCAGACCUAUACAACUGCCCAAGCCCAUAGUUUCCCAAAGAAGUACCACUCUCAAAAACACCUCAAGCAGCCAGCCUUUGGGUCCUGUUCAAAAUGAGAGUAAUAGCAGAGCUAAGAAAAACUUUAACAGAAAUGAAAUCUCUAGCCAGGAGUCCAAGAACUCCAAACCAGGAACCAGAGUUCACGCUGGAGGGAGACCCUUACAUGGUUCCCCUAUAAAGAGAACCUCACACAGUCACCUUAAAGAAAAGUCCACACACAAGGAACGAAACCACCACAGCUUCUGUAGGGAAAGAACCCCAUGGAAUUCUUCUGGAAGGAGCCAAUAUAGUCCCUCUGAGAGGGGCCACCGAAGUGCCUCUGAGAGGAGCCAUCGCAGUCCCUCUGAGAAGAGCCACCACAGGGCCUCUGAGAGGAGAUGUCGCAGUCCCUCUGAGAGGAGAGGACACAGCGCUUCUGAGAGGAGCCACCAAAGUCCCCUCAAGGAGAGACUCAAGCACAGCUCACCUAGGGAGAGGCCCAGAUAUAGUUUGGGUAAAGAUUUCAGGAGUAACUCAAACAUGUCUCCUAGAGACCACACCAAAAAACCCCAAAGGAGGGCAAGUUUGGAGGCCUGA